UUGCGCCCUGAGCCGCACUAUAAUGUGGAUGGCGAGAAACACCCCCAACCUGAACCCCAGUAUAUUGCGGGUAAAAUAUGACGUCAUAUCUCCGCUUCAACGGGCACGAGGCAUACGAUCUUGGUAUCAAUCGUUAGUGUGUUUCGAGCCCGUUAUUAUGAGCUAUCGCUCGAACCAUUCGAGCGUAUUGGGCGAUUUAAAGGGUGUUCCCCUUUUUUGAUAUUUUUCUGCUUUUUUCUCUGCAGUUGUAUGUUUGUUCAUUGAAAAUUGAAGCUCGUAAACCACCAAAAAUAGCUAGGGAACAUUCGUUCUUUGUUUUGAGACUUCAGAGUAGACUUUGGACUAUUCAUUUGUCGUCGACACAGGGAAUAGUGUUUAUGACUGCGGACGAGAGUCGUCUUUUUAUUAUUGUUAUGCAGUUGAUUUCGGUUCUAAAGGGAUAUUGUUAUAUAAGACGUAUUUGUAAGUUUAUUAGGAUUCUGGUAGCUAUAAAUCAGACAAGGUACCGUAAUGGAGAGUGAGAGCGAUUUUGAUGCAAGUUCUGGUGACGAGUGGGAAGAGACGAGUGAGUCAUCUAGCUCCGAUGAAGAGGUUGUCCCAGUCCCGGCUAGGCGCUAUGCUGCAAGCACUGAAGAUGUACCAGCUGAAGCAGCAGCGUCAACGGGCGGAAUGUUCGGAGCUUCGAGCCCUCGGCGAUCACGAGUUUGCAGGGUGUGUUCUGAACGGGACAAAAGAGAAAGAGAAGGCAGUAGCAGAAAAUUGAAACAAAAAAGGUCUUCAUAUUGGUGUGAGAAAUGCCAGGUAACACUUUGUGUUACCCCGUGUUUCGAGAAGUUUCACACCCUCCCAAACUAUUGGGAAUAGGAAUCAAAACUUAUGUGCAAUAUUGUGAUGUUGACUUUAUCAGAGACUGUGAUUUUUGUUGACUUUGCCAGAGACUGUGAUUUUUGUUGACUUUGUCAGAGACUAAUUUUUCUUUUUACGUGCACCAAGGUGUUUUAUGUACAUACUGUGUAAUUCUUCAUUUUCGCUAUUAUUAUUUCGUAUGCACACUUUCUUUUCACAUUGUUUUUCACCACUGUUAUUCACAUUCUUUCAAAACUGACUGAAUUUAAUUUUUUUGUGUCAUUUUUUACUCGUAUGUAAAUAUAAAUAUCUGAUUUUUCAAAAACAAAAUUUUCAAUUUUUUCGAAAAUUUCUGCCAUUUACCUGAAAUUCAUCAGCCUACCAUGACAAUUUCAUGUCAGUUAGAGAAAAACUGCAAAUUUUCCCAAUAAGGUUACACCUCUACCCUUCUUGUGAGUAAGUUUGAUAUGUGUAGUGUUUAUAGUUUGUGUGUGAGUAUUUUGUCUUUGAAAGUGGUCAUUUUAGUCAUAUUUCGGACGAAAUUUGAGAGCCGUAAAAAGUGUGUCAAAGCUGAGCCAUGCCACUGGCUUGCUGUUAGAACAGGUGUGAAAAACUUAGUUUCCUGGUGCUGUGCUUGGAGUUGCCUUUCAAAAAAACCAAGAACUGUAGGGAUUGGGCCUAUGGUUAGCUUUUGACAAUUUUUUAAAGUUUGUGAAUUUUGUUCGAAAACGCCAGGAAUAUAGUGUUUUUUCGAUAUCGCGGUCCAGGGCAGAAAGAGUU